AUGCGCUCGAAAAUAUUUGAUGAUGCCGAGCUCGAACGACUACAAUGUGAGGUCAUUUCCUCAUCGAAUGAAUUGGCUAUGGCUGGGGAUGCGGCUCCUCAGGCGAUAGACCAGCAUCCACGCGUGGAAGCCGCCAUGGAUCUUCCAGUUGUGGUUGAUUCGGACGAUGAUGAAAUGGUCUCCAACGAACUAGAGCAAAUGAGGAGUAUAUUGGAAGAGGCGAUUUUGGAAACACGCAGCAUGCCUCUCGAAAAUCGACCGCGACUUCCCCGCAUACCCCUAAGCAAGCGAAAUCGGGCUGUCGUGAGGGCUCUUAACCUAAUGCUGGUAACCUAUUUGGGAGCCAGCCUGGACCUUUGUGAGACGGACUCAGUUUUUUUUUUGGCUUGCCGUAUUAUUGGCGUCAAACUUCCCAUGGCUGGACGCGCUACUAAACAAAGUAGCGCCAUCCCAGCCUGGAGAAAAAAAAUUGAGGACCGUAUCGCAAAGGCAAGGGCCCUUAUUGGCAGACUGACAAGCGGGUAA